AUGGGCUCCCUCAGUGCAGCAAACACCAAGUUCUGCCUGGACUUCUUCAAAGAGCUGAGAAAAGUAAAAAGAAAUGAAAAUAUCUUCUUCUCCCCACUGAGCAUCUCAGCUGCCCUGAGCAUGGUCCAGCUGGGUGCUGGAGGCAGCACAGCUGAAGAGAUGGAAAAGGUGCUUCAUAUUCAUGAGGUGCUGAGCACGGCAAGUCCAGGAACCAAGAGCACCAGUGGAAAGUGUGAAGAAGCCGGAGGAGCCCAUUCUCAGUUCCAGGAGCUUUUGUCUGCCCUCGGCAAAGCUGGUGCCACGUGUUCCCUCAGCAUUGCCAACAGGCUCUUUGGAGAAGUGACUUUUCAGUUCCUUCAGCAAUACUUAGACUCCACAAGGGUCUUGUACCAUGCAGAGCUGGAAGCGGUGGACUUUGUUAAUGCUACCGAAGAGUCCAGAGAGAAGAUGAAUUCCUGGGUGGAAAAACAAACCGAUGGAAAAAUUAAAGAUCUGUUCCCUCCUGGCUCUAUUGAUAGCACAACAGUGCUAGCUCUGGUCAACGCUAUACACUUCAAAGGGCAAUGGGCUAUAAAAUUUGAGGAGAAAAACACCAGGGAAAUGCCUUUCAUGCUGAACAAGCAAGUGACAGUGCUGGAGCUCCCGUACACUGGAGAAGAGCUCAGCAUGUUCAUUCUUCUGCCAGAAAACAUCUGUGAUGAGUCUACUGGCCUUGAACAGCUAGAGAGUGCUGUCACCUAUGAGAAAUUAGCAGAAUGGACCAACAUGGAGAAUGUGUGUCUGCAAAAGAUCAUGGUGUACUUGCCGCGGUUCAGAAUGGAGGAGAGCUGUGAGCUCAUACCAGUACUGCAGGCUCUGGGGAUGAGGGAUGCCUUCAUCCUUGAACAAGCUGAUUUCUCUGGGCUGUCGAGAGAGCCUGGGCUGUUCCUCUCCAAGGCCAUUCACAAAGCCUUUGUGGAAGUCAAUGAAGAAGGCACUGAGGCAGCUGCUGCUACAGGGAUGACUAUAGUACCAUUGUGCCUUCACAUUCCUUACGAGUUCAGAGUUGACCACCCAUUCCUCUUCUUAAUCAAACACAAUCUGAGCAAGAACAUUCUCUUCUUUGGCCGAUGUUGUUUCCCUUAA